AUGGCACAGCGCGAGAACAAGAAAAGUGGCUUUCGGGCCAUGUUCGGCAUGCGAUCAGGCAAAGAGCCAAAAGAGCCGGGCACCCGGAAGAAGCUUUCCAAGAAAGGAUCACGAAGCGACAUCCUAGGAGAGUUUAAUUCCACCACAAACGUGGGGAGCGUCAACCGCCAGGACUCUGGCAGCUUUACAAACGAAAGAAGAGACCUCGCGGAAAAUGGAUUUGGUCUACCAAUUCACGAAGAUGUUGCCGGGCUUGCGCCACAUGCAUUGCGCGACUAUCCAUAUGCUGCAGUGGAUGCUCUUGCGGACACAAACAACGCGUAUCUUCAACCGGGGUUGCAAGUAGCCGACUACCGCCGCAACUCAGAGGGACAACCGCAGUAUGCUGCGCCGUUGUAUCAGCCGCACAGCCCAAGAUCGGCAUCAAUACCGCAAUUGCAGAAUGAGAAGACUUUACCAUAUGCACCAGGCAAAGCACAGCGUUCGAAACUUAGCAAGGCACAUCGAGCGCCCUCGGCAUCUGCAAGACCCGAUGACAUUCUUGACAAGGAUACUGGAGAAAGAAAAGACCUUACCGAAAUGAUGCACGCCUUCACGUACGUCGAUGGCGUGGAUACGAUUGAAGAGGAACAAGAUGACGAAUCUAUACUCUAUGAUCCUUCGCGCCCCGACGGAACAGCGACACUCGCUAAUGUAUCUCCUGAGAUGUGGCUACAUAUUGCUGACUUUCUAUCACCAUUGGAUGUAGCCAAUUUAUCUUCAACUUGUAGGACCAUGCCUCAUCGGUUGGACUUCCUGCUGGCCAUGGACCCUAAAAUGCCGCGUCACCUAUUCUGCUUCCCCUGUGCACAAUGGCACCUACGUAUUCAGCCCGGUUUUGAAUCCCUCAAACCCCAGAACGUCCUCAAUCCACUUUUCGAAUGUCCCAAUCGAACAAACAUCCACGUUCCACCACCACGCAUUCGAAUUAGUGAUGGCCGCACAUUGCCAUUCGCUUUCAUCCAGCUAGCCCAUCGUCACUGGGCUCACGGGCCUGAAUAUGGCAUCCCGCACCAAUCUCUCGCGCGUCGUUGGAAAGACGCGUACUCUACCUGGACUCAUGAAUCAACCUACCACAUCACUGAAAAGGGCAACGUCCUAAUGCGAGUCCGCUCGCAACAUUACGUAGAAGGUGGAAUGACUGAUGCUGCAAAGCGACUGUUGCUCUUCAGUCGCGCCGACUACACACCCUACUUCAGCGUGUGCUCCCAUUGGAAACAUGGUCUACUGACUUCCAUUCCUAAGUGUGCACUCUCGCACAUUCCGCACGCCCACGAAUCUGAAACCACUGCCAUCGACAAAUUUCGUGAGCGCAAUCUCGGCAGAAAGGCAAAUGGCCUCGUUCCUCUCUGCUCCGUGUGCCGCCCCAUGCGCCGCUGUCCCAAGUGCCCCACCGAAUACCUGUUCGAGCUGAAACUCGUCGAAGACAGGUCUGUUCGCAGCCAUGUUCCUGAACGCUUCAAGCAAGCUCUCAUUGUGACGCGCUGGAGCGACCUGGGCCCUGCACGUAGCCCGGACGACGCGCAGUGGAGUGCUAUCACAGGGGAUAACGAUGAAUUUGAUAGUUUUGCCGAGAUUGGGAGGAGGGCUGUGAGCGGUGUGUUUGAGAGUGCCUUCACUGAUACAAUCCCCGGUCAGCGCAUCGUGAGUAUGAAUCCAGAGAGUGUCACGGCCAACGAAGAGGGUGGGAACUGGUACUAA